AUGACGCGUCAAGACUGGAAAGCCAUCAUACGUAAGAAAAAGGCGUACGGUGAAUGGAACAAGUUCAUGGCUUUCCCCAAAGACUUGGAGCUCUUCUCCUCCAGACCUUCUCCCCGUUCCCCUUCUUCCCCUUUCUCACCCCCGAAUCUACCUUCUCCCCAACCCCAACCACUCCGGCCGAAGCCUGCACUGCCGGACUUGCCUCCUCCCGACGCCCCCUCACCGCUGGAUCUGCCUCCUCCCGACCCCUCUCCACUCCGGCCCGAAACCCUUCCUCGAAGCCCUUUCACCUACGGAUCUGCCUCUCUCCGUCCGACGCCCUUCACCGCCUGCCCGAAGCCCUUCCCCGAAGCCCUCUCACUGCCGGAUCUUCCUCCUCCCGACCCUUCUCCACUCUGGCCAGAAACCCUUCCCCGAAGCCCCUUCGGAUCUGCCUCACUCCGAUCGACGCCCUUCACCGCCGGUCCGAAGCCCUUCCCCGAAGCCCCCUCACCGCUGGAUCUUCCUCCUCCCGACCCUUCUCCACUCCGGCCUGAAACCCGUCCCCGAAGCCCCUUCGGAUCUGCCUCACUCCGGCCAACGCCCUUCACCGCCGGCCCGAAGCCCUUCCCCGAAGCCCCCUCACCGCCGGAUCUUCCUCCUCCCGACCCUUCUCCACUCCAGCCCGAAACCCGUCCCCGAAGCCCCUUCGGAUCUACCUCACUCCGGCCGAUGCCCUUCACCACCGGCCCGAAGCCCUUCCCCGAAGCCCCCUCACCGCCGGAUCUUCCUCCUCCCAACCCUUCUCCACUCCAGCCCGAAACCCGUCCCCUAAGCCCUUUCGGAUCUGCCUCACUCCGGCCGACGCCCUUCACCGCCGGCCCGAAGCCCUUCCCCGAAGCCCCCUCACCGUCGGAUCUUCCUCCUCCCGACCCCUCUCCACUCCGACCGAAGCCCUUCACAUCUGGCCCGAAGCGCUUCUCCGAAGCCCCUCCACCGCCGGAUCUGCCUCCUCCCGACGCCUCUCCACCCUGGCCGAACCUUUACCUCUGGCCCGAAGCCCCCUCACCGAAGCCCGAUCACCUCCGGCCCGAAGCCCCUUCACCUCCGCCCGAAGGCUCUCACCGCCGGCCGAACCCCUCUACCCCCAGGCUUCUCCUCCGCCCGAAACCCCUUCUUGUCCCUCCGGCCGAAAUUCGUAUUUCUCGUCGCCACGGGUUGGACUGUGUUGUGUCCGCGCGAAGCGAGUUAUCUUGUUGGUCACCAGUUGUAAGCUAAUCGGGCAGCAUGUUGUCCCAUUAUUUGCUCUGCUCCUCGUGUUGGCCGAACCCUGUGUUUGGGGCUUGAUUGGCCGAGGUUGGCCGAGGUUCUGAAAGCUUGCUCGGUGCUUCUUCAUUGUUGGUUGUGUCCGCUGCGCGACGUCUGUGUGCUAUAAUCAGGUUUGAUUUCAUGUUUUACCAACCAAAAAUAUGAAUGCCAUCAUACAUAUUAAUACAUUUACAUGACGGCGUCGCAAAUGCCGAUACUCAUCAGUAGAUCGGAACUAAUGAAAUUGUAUGCUUUCGGUUGAGAGGGCGUUAUGUUAUAAGAUCUUCUGUUGCAUUUUCAAUAAAUGCCUGAUCUGUUGCCCCGGCUAGUGUAAAUUUUUCGUAUUUGAAAUCACCGUGUUAUUGUUCCUCUCGGAUGUCAUGAUGAAGAAUUGUACGAUAACUCAGCUAGAAAAAUAUUGGUUAAAUACUUGUUGUUCGGCGAUGAUGACGGUUUCCAAUUAACAUCAGAAGGAUGGCAUCAAUGGAAACAUCGAUGCAACCCUAUGUUAGUUGGAAUCCACUUGAGCCAAUUGUGGGAACGAACCAUCAAGACCAUAUUUCGCGGACCAUGCAUUUUUACAUAGGAUACAAAUAUUGCAUGAAACAUUAACUCUAUCCAUAUUUUUAUCAUAUCAUUCAAUCCUUUAUUAUAUAUAGUCUACUUGGUAGUAGAAAAUAACAAUUGCAUCAGUAUAUUGUGUAUGCAAUGCUUAUACAUCAUGUUACUAACCCCGCCAAUUUAAAUAGCAUGUAAUAUCGUAUAUACGUUCUAUGCAUCCAUCAUGCACUAUUUUUAAUUAUAAACUACAGAUGAGUCCAUUCAAGAAAGUUUCUAAGUCCAAACAGAAGCAACAUGGGUUCGCAGAUGAGUCACCUAUUGAGCCUAGCGGUGGCAUUCGUAUUGAUACAAGAACUAGAAGUCAAAAUUGGAGCAACAUUUUGGAUGCACAAUUAUUGGGACUUAUGAGAGAUGAACAUACAUUUGGUAAUUACGUAAAUGGGUCAUUCACUCCGAUUGCGUGGAAGCAGAUGGUAAAUGAUUUCAACAGUCGAAACAAUAUGAACCUAACAAAGACACAAUUGAAUAAUCGAUUUAAAGUGUUAAAAAAAGUUUUCAAUUUGUACCAUUCUCUUGCCAACAAGAGCGGGUGGGGAUGGAACUCUGACUUGCACAUUCCCACACCUGGUGACGCAAGAAUCUAGGAUUCUGUAAUAGCGGAGAAUCCGGCGUACGCCAGGUGUAGGGAUAAGCCCUUUCCCGCCUACGAUGAUAUGGAAUUUCUUAUCCAAAAUACAACUGCGACAGGAAGAUAUGCAUUUACAAGUGCUGUGGAGCUUCCCCCUAUAAUUGAAAGCUCCUCUGGGUCAUCCACUGGUGAGGAUGAUACUAUUGCCGGCAUUGGAAUGUCAGCUUGUAAUCUCUCAUCAGACCCAUUCGAAGCAGGGGGGUCUGGGUGCGCCAGAAAUGCUAACUUUGAUGAAGCAAAUACGUCACGCUCCCCAAGCCCUCCCGUGAUGCCUACAACUGGUGCAAGUGGUUCUGGUCAUAGCUCUGGUAGUAAAAGAGCUCGUUCUCCAGAGCGUAGCAAUAAGCAAGCACAAACGGCAUCUACAUCUGGGGGACGAAAAAAGAAAGUAGCUGUCCGGACUUCUGCUUACCUUGACAUCGCGUAGCAGGGUAAGGAAAAGCUUAGUUGGGUGCGGCAACUAUGUCAGCUAGAGCUGAGCAAGAGCACUGAUAUGCCAUCGCAGAACCAAUGCAUGCAACGAGUGUAUGGAAUGACCGGAUUAAGUGAUGAUGAUAUCUUAGUUCUCUGUGAUGCGUUUAAGGAAGAUAAGAAUCGCAAUACUUUCAUGUCAUUGAAUGACAAGCAUGCAAGAGAAUGGGUUGAGCGAGAAAUUGCGCAACAAAAUCUAUACUAUAGGCCGCCAUUUUCCGGGACUUAGACAAAUGGCGUAUUGGUAGUUCUUCUUUAUCAUAUCUCGACCUAUAUUGCGUGUGGACGUACAUAUUUUAUAGCUUGUGGUGGUAUUGGUAAUUCUUCUUUAUCUGAGCUUUGCAUAGUUUCUACCUUGUAGUGGUGACUCUUGAUUGUAUGACGCUUUGAUUUAUGUUUCCUUUACUCUUAUUAGCUUUGCAUAUUUUUCUACUGUUGGAAGAUUAUGAUAUGUUUGCGCCAUAUAUAUUACCUCUUGCUAUAGUUAUAUGUUCGUGUGUAUUUAUUUAUUUUUGUUAUUUAUUAUUAAGUGCCGAUUUAAUCGCCAUUUACAACAGUUGCAAUUAGAAAGACAUUAAUGGUGAACCCACUAUACAAAAGAAUUUUUUCUUCAGCGACCAUAUCCACCAUUAUGACAAUAUUAGAUGACGAUGAUGAAUCUAUCGAGACUAUGAUGCUACUUGAGUUAGAAUCUGAACUAGUUGCAAAUAGAAUACCCAGACAAAGGUGUCGGACUCGGCCGUUUACCGGACAUCAAAUAUUGUGUGAUAUUUUAUCUAGUCAUCAUGAACGUUGCCGCCAUCACUUUCGUAUGAGUGUAACUACAUUUAUUGCACUCCGCGAUACUUUAGUCGAGAGGGGGUUAAUAAAUAGCACAAGAAAUAUUACUGCUAAUGAGCAGUUAGCUAGGCAUAUUUCUAUAUGGCGUAGGGCAUGGCGUAGCAAACCGAAUAUUGGCAGAAACAUUCCAACAUGCUGGAGAAACCAUCAGUAGGCAUUUUAACAAUGUACUACGCGGCAUUGUGAGGCUAAAAGAUGACUACAUAAUGUUGCCGUCAAGUAAUGCUGCCGUGCAUCCAAGAAUUCGGGAUAAUCCAAAUUUUCAUCCUUUCAAGGUAA